AUGUGUAUAUUUGUGACGUAUUUGUGGUUUAUAUUUAUUUUCACUUUGAUUGUUGUUGUUGGUCAGAUUUCAGAAGCAGACCUGAGUCCAGAGCUUCAGCCUCUAUCAUCCUCCAACAUCCUGAUGGUAGAAGUGGACAACAUUCAACAUGAACAGUUCACGGUCACAGAGGAGGUCAAGGCGCUAACAGCAGAGAUAGUGAAGACCAUCAGGGACAUCAUUGCACUGAACCCCCUCUACAGAGAGUCGGUCCUCCAGAUGAUGCAGGCAGGUCAGAGAGUGGUUGAUAAUCCCAUCUACCUCAGCGACAUGGGAGCCGCUCUGACAGGAGCAGAGUCACAGGAGCUACAGGACGUCCUGGAAGAGAUCAAUAUCCCGAAACGUCUCUACAAGGCUCUGUCUCUGCUGAAGAAGGAGUACGAGCUCAGUAAACUGCAGCAGCGUCUGGGCCGAGAGGUGGAGGAGAAGAUCAAACUGACCCACAGGAAGUACCUGCUGCAGGAGCAGCUCAAGAUCAUUAAGAAGGAACUAGGUCUGGAGAAAGAGGACAAAGACGCUAUCGAGGAGAAGUUCAGAGAGCGACUCAAAGAGAGGACCGUCCCACAUCACAUCAUGGACGUCAUCAACGAAGAACUCAACAAACUGGGACUUCUGGACAACCACUCGUCAGAGUUCAAUGUAACCCGUAACUACCUGGACUGGCUGACCAGCAUGCCCUGGGGUACCAACAGUGAAGAGAACUUAUCACUAGGAAGAGCCAAAGAGGUUCUAGAAGAAGACCAUUAUGGAAUGGAUGAUGUAAAGAAGCGCAUAUUGGAAUUCAUAGCAGUGAGCCAGCUGCGUGGCUCCACCCAGGGGAAGAUCCUGUGUUUCUAUGGCCCUCCAGGUGUAGGAAAGACCUCCAUUGCCCGCUCCAUAGCCAGAGCCCUCAACAGACAGUACUACAGGUUCAGCGUGGGAGGCAUGACCGAUGUGGCUGAGAUCAAAGGACACAGGAGGACGUAUGUUGGAGCAAUGCCAGGGAAGAUUAUCCAGUGCCUGAAGAAAACCAAGACAGAGAACCCGUUGGUGCUGAUAGACGAGGUCAGUGUGAUGGUGCUGUGUCUGAUGAGUUCAUUAUGAAUCAAAAUCAGGAACAUUGAUAUUAUAGCAGUAAGUCUGCCGAUGUGGCAUUAACUGUCUGCUAUGAACAGAUUGUUACUGGCUACUUCUUUAGCUUCAGUUACCUGUAGAUGACUUGGCCCAUAACUGGGGAUGGAGCUUCAUCAAGGUGACACAGAGUGACAUGUGGACGACCAUUGUUUGUAUGUAGAUAGCUUCAAUCAUAGCAUGAAAUCCUACUUUCAUAUACUUUUUAACCAUUCACUCGCACUAUAUACUAAAACGUGUGUUUCAUACCUGGGCCUUCAGUGCUGUCCUACUACAGUUGAACCUCCUCCUAAUAACCUCAUUAUGACGCCACACAC